AUGUACGAAAGAUGUUCUGCACCUCAAUAUUUAACAGGAGGAAUAGAGGACGGUUAUGAAGGGAAUAGAGGACGCUUAUCUCUUAUCACUGUACUUAGUGUAUUGGAGUUGGAUAGUAAGGCGGAAGUGGUGUUGUCAACAACCACCGCAAACUUCGGCAAAAGCCCACGAUUACAUAUAAUUGACACACAUUUCUGGUCUGGCCGUGCCAUUUCAGGCUUCCCUGCUCUUCAUAAGAAUUUCUAUGCCGUUCCUAAGCAGCAAGGCACCCUUCCUCAAGGCAUCAAAUGGGGCCUCGUCUAUGCUGAUGGCGAUGAAACUACUGCUCGUAAGUGGGUUGCAGCUUUUGAUACCACUGCCGGCAAGGCUUAUGCUGAAGCUGGACCAAUAGGUCCAGUCGACUGGAAUGUUGUUGAAGUUAAGUUGGAUGCAUCAGAAAGCAAAAGCAUUUAUACUGACCCAAUUAUGGGAGGCAUCACCACAGCUGAGAUUAAUGGUCUUACCGCAAAAGCAAUUUUCAGUGGAUGAUUAACUUGCUAAUUAAGAUCAUUACUACUACAACUAUGUAUGCGCUAUGCAACAAUAAUAACGAUCCUUGUGUUCUCUAUUUACCAAACUUGCUUUCAAAUAAUUUAAGGUGUGAUGUUUCCGUUUGUUUUAUUGCUGAAAAUGUUUUAGUUUUAGUUUGUCAUUUGGCAGAAAUCGUUGAAUAUUAAUAAAAUGUGUUUUUCUUUAAUUA